UGAAAAUGUAGAUGGUGCGGAUGAAAAGUGAUUAAAUUACAUAGCUAUAGAAAUAUAGACCAUUAUGGGGCAGUAUCCUUGGAAAUCUAGACCACCUCUAUAAUUAUAUAUAGGUAGUGAAACUGAUGCCAAAAGAAAGCAAACGAUUUGAGAAAAGUAUCAUACAUAAUUGAGUCAUGGAACAUCCAUUAUGUUUAUCUAAUUUUUAAGCAGAUGUAAGUUUAGCUAAUCAGAUUUAUAUGAGAAUAUGGCCUCAAAAGCUUCCAAAGUGUAGCCAUUAUUAGCUGCUGAACUCUUUAUGAACUGUAUCAUUAUUUUUCCCAUGAUUAUUUCAUUUUGGGCCUAUUUCAGUGUUGUUUGCUUUAUUAUAGAAUCCUAAUCAGAUACUCUUUUCUAUCUCUUUGUUCCUUUUUAUUUAUUAUUUAUUCAAUCUAUCCAAAUUAUAUAGCAGUAUGAGUAAUUGAUUCAUUCUGAGGAUACUUAAAAUCUGACAGAUUUCAAAUAUGUACUGUAUUCAUGCUAAUGAUCUUUAUGUCUUGAUGUUCCAUGUUGUCUCUUUGAUUCAUGUUUCCUUUUCCUUUUUGAACAUUCAGUCUUCUAGGUACAGAGGUCUACUACUUGUGAAAUAUUUUCUGCAUGGUCACCAUUUGUUGAUUCUACCUAUAUCAAAGCCUUCAGGAGAAGGACUACACAACCAUUUGUGGCACAAUAAAGAUGAUUUUCUGAUAUGCUUUGAGGUCCAUUUAACUACAAGGGCUCAUUUUUUUAUCACCACAAGUGCCACUCUGACCUCAAAUCACUUAGAGCUCAGAAAUCUAGGCAAAAUGGAUGCCACAGCGAUAGAUGAGCUACAACAAAUUCUGCCUAUUGAACAGCUGCGCUCUACUCACGCUAGCAAUGAUUAUGUGGAACGGCCUCCAGCACCCUGUAAACAAGCUCUUUCCAGCCCUUCCCUUAUUGUGCAAAUCCACAAGUCUGAUUGGUCUCUGGCUACCAUGCCUACUGCUCUCCCACGCAGUAUCAGCCAGUGCCAUCAGCUGCAGCCCCUGCCUCAACAUCUGAGCCAAUCUAGUAUUGCCAGCUCAAUGUCCCAAAGCACCACUGCCUCUGAUCAAAGGCUCUUGGCCAGCAUUACACCCUCUCCUUCAGGCCAGUCCAUCAUCAGAACCCAGCCUGGAGCAGGGGCCCACCCAAAGGUCGAUGGUGCUCUGAAGGGAGAAGCUGAGCAAUCUGUAGUGCAUCCCAGUGAUCACCUCUUUAUCUGUGAGGAGUGUGGGCGCUGCAAGUGUGUCCCCUGCACAGCGGUUCGCCCUCUGCCCUCCUGCUGGAUGUGCAACCAGCGUUGCCUUUGCUCUGCUGAGAGCCUCCUUGAUUACGGCACUUGCCUCUGCUGUGUCAAGGGCCUCUUCUACCACUGCUCCACUGAUGAUGAAGACAACUGUGCUGAUGAGCCCUGCUCCUGUGGGCCUAGCUCUUGCUUCAUUCGCUGGGCAGCCAUGAGUCUCAUCUCCCUUUUCUUACCCUGCCUGUGCUGCUACCUGCCUACCCGUGGAUGCCUCCAUCUGUGCCAGCAGGGCUAUGAUAGCCUCCGUCGACCAGGCUGCCGCUGUAAGAGGCACACCAACACUGUGUGCAGAAAAAUCUCUUCUAGUAGCUCACCCUUCUCCAAGGCCCAAGAAAAGUCUGUAUGACCUUCUACAAGAUGGAUCCAGAGUGUUCUCCUUCUGACCAUCUUCAGUAAUGCAUAGGCCUCAUGUUUGGGGGAGGGUGUGAGAUAAUAAACUAGCCAAAGUUAGGACCUCACCUCUUUUGUUCCUGUGGCGUCAGGAGAAUGGCAAAGUAUAUCCUAGUGCAGGAUGCCUUGCUCUUUUUCACAAGAUCUAUCCCACUCUUCUUCAAUCUUCUGACACCCAGCCUGUUCAGCUUUUAUGGCUGUCAUGGCAAAUUCAGGUGAUAUAUGGGCAUGAGGUUUGGACACUGAGGACUGACAGAGCCAGCAACGUGGAGGUUUAGGGGCUCCCCAAGGUAAUGCCUCUCGGUGCAGGCUCUGAUCGUCACUCUGCUUUCCACAGUGCCUUUGAAGACUUUCUUCUAAGAUGGUCAUCACAGGUGCAUGUGGAACAGUGUUCAACCUUCCAGGGACUAUAACUUCCACCCCCACCUUUUCACCCUUCCCUCCCCCACCCUCCCUCCUUCAUCUUUUCUUCCUUUCUAUCUCCCUGUCUCUUCUUUCAUUAUCCUGUUCUGUUCUUUUCCAACCUCUCCUUUUACUUUGUUACAUUUCUUUAUUUCCUUCCUUUCUAUUAUUCUGCUUUCUAAGGCUAAUCUUUGUUCAUAUUUUUAUUUUGUUUCAUAUCUAUUUGUUUCCCUCUUUCUGCCUCUUUUUCUCUGACAUUUCAAAAGUGAGGUUUUUCCAUAGGUGUUUUCUUAGAUGCCAAACUUUGCUAUGCUAUACUAUUUACUAAAUUGUAUUAGAGAAAUGGAUUAUUGUAAUGAACUGAUUGCUAGCAAUAGUCGGUAUUCCAAUGUGUUAUGCACUCACAAGCACACCCACCUGUUUGUGAGCAUAUGAGGCUCUCCUACAUUUCCAAAUUCAAUUAGUUGGAGUGUUUUUUUCUCCUUUUCCUGAUAAACAACUUAUAGUACUGACAGAUUCUACUAGCAUGCUGAGUAGGAUAGUAAAUCAGGAUGCUCUAACUUUGUAUGUCUGACCCAAGUGCCAAAGGCAGACGUGCUUUAUAGCUAAAUGAACAAAGCAAAGGAUAUUACAGAGGUAUGUUCUCUCUUAGAAGCUAACUGCCCUGAGACUGCAUGGCUCAGGCCUUAAUAAUGGAUGUUAAAAGUCAUAAAAUUUUAGAGCUGGAAGGAAUUUUAAAUAUUAGUCUAGUUCAAUGUUGUAAUUUUACAGAUGGGAAAACUGGGGUCUGGAAAUAGGAAGGGAAUUGCUCAAGGCCACAUACUAGAGUUAAUAACAGAAUUUGACAGAAACAUGGGUCUUCUGACUCCUACUUCAUUGUUUCUUCCCUUCAUUAUAUUGGAUCACUGAAUUUUUUCUUAAGACUCUGUUAACGUUUCUAGAACAUGAUUCCUUUCCGAUUGCUUUUCAGAAACCAUAAGAUGUUAGUGUAGUGGUCUUUCUGCAGUGAAAAAUGAGUAGUCAUGGGUAUUGAGGCUGCCCCCCAGUGGACAUCACCUUUGAUUCUGUCACCUUGUAGAAGCUCAAACGUGUGUGUGUGUGUGUGUGUGUGUGUGUGUGUGUGUGCGUGCACGCGCGCGUGCUUAUGAGGGUUGGGGGAAAUAUAAAGAAACGUUAACCAAGUCAUAUCUUUGCCAUUGCAUCUACACUUUGCUGCACACACUGUGCUCCCUCCUUGCUUUGUCUGCAAUGGUAGCUGCCUAAGAAUCUAGAUUUCAGCAACAGUGAACAACUGAGAUGAAAGAUAUGUAAUGCACAGAAGUGACUCCCCUCAUAAAAUGUACAAAGAGCCUGUGCUACAAACCCCUGUCAAUAAGGAAAAGGCUGCAAUGGUGAUGGCAGGGUGCAAAAGACUGCUACUAAAAGACAUGAGAAUUAUAUAGUUUCCCUCUGUAAGUAAACCCAAAAUUUAUCAAGGAAUACAGAUAUUGGGGGCACUUGCUUGAAAUCAAGGUGCUCCAACUUAGUUUAAGACUUCCAGACUCUAUGUAUCAUCUCUUUUAAAGUAUGCAUGGAUGUGUGCUGCAGGGUAAAGUGAGGAGAAGUACAUAAUCAUGCACAAGAGGAAGAAAGGGAAUUCCAUGUCCCUUUAUUGGAUAUAUACUGCAGAAAUAUUUGCCACAAAGUCUUUAUUGACUAUGAAACUUCCUGAGGUAUAUUGACAUUGGGUUGCACACAGCCACAUACCUUCACUUACAUCUCCUCUUGUAGUACUGCUUUGUCCUAUUUUUGUAUAUACAAAUAUGUUAUGAUUAUUAAUAUUGUUAAUGAUAUUGCUGCAAAUGGUGCCAUAUAUAAGAUUAGGCUUCUUGGAACAUUUAUAAACCCUAAACCAAUACCUGAAUACCCGUAACCUCUUAUGUUGCUUUUAAAUCCUUUAACUUUAAAUAAUUUGUGUUUAAUCUUUAAAAAUCUGCCUAAUGUACUUCAAACUUAUCUACUCCUAAAAGCUGCACCCAUUUAUCUGGGUAACACUGGGUGGUGAUGAGUAGCAACACACACUUCUCGCUGCUUCUGUCCAAAAUUUGCUUAGAGUCCAGAUAUCUAAGGAUUUUCUGACACUAGUGCAUUGUUCUGGAGCUAAAGUUACACUAUGGAUGCUUGCUUAUUAGUUUCAAGCCCCUUCUUAAUAACUUUAAUAUUUCAACCCUGCAGUCCUUACUCAGGCAAAUGGUGCACUGCCAGAAGGGCCCUGGGCUCUGCCAUACACCCAGAGGAGUUCUUCUCAGUGUAUUUUUAAAUGGCCUUAUACUUGGUAGAAGAAACUGAAGGGUUCUUGAAUGCAAUCUGCUGCCGAGUCAGGGCUUUUACCUAUGUCCAAGUUGGCCUGAUAUGGACUGCAUCUGGUUUACAUAGAGAUGGGUCCUGUUGAGGUAUGCACACAGACAUGUGAGUGCGCAUAUGUAUCCCUUCUGUGGUUUCAUAUACAUAUGUAUAUAUGUAAAUAUAUAAUCACACAUCUCUAUAUAUUUUAAUGUAUUGCACAUGUAUAUUUAAAAUAUAUACAAAAUAACUAAA